AUGUUCGCCCUGCGCUCCUCUCCCUCCUCCCUGGUGUGCGACAUCCGCGACGGCUGGGCCGCCACGUCCACCGCCGUGCUCUCGGCCCCGCGCCCGCGGCGCGCCUCCGUCCGGCUCAUCUACCCACACUACGACUCGCCGCCGGCGGCGGCGGCCGACGACCGAGCUGCUGCUGCCGGUGGAGAUGACGGCGGCAGCGUCAGCAGCGGCGGGAGGAGCGCCUUCUCUCCGGCCGUCUCUGACUACGCGGGCGUGUUCGAGGCUGGCUUCGACCCCGCCCAGGGAGUGGCGCGACGGGGACGACGGCGACGACGGGGCGGGAAUCAGCCGCGGCCAGCACGCGGCGGCCCGCAGCAGCGCCGCAGCACUGGCUGCCGGAGGUAG